GGGCAUCCCCGUGCAGCCACGGCUGUGAUUUGAGAACCUCCGGCUUCUCGAGUAAUUAAUCUGGGAGCUGCCAAUGCGUAAUGCCGAGGUAAGCCCCGCUCCAAGGCCUCGGGCUUUGGGGGGCCUGGCGGUAGCGGCUCUUCUCUCGGCCCUCUGGCUCCUGUGGCUGCUCAGCUCGGCCCCUGGGGGAGCUCCGGCGCCCCAGCCCACAAUCACCAUCCUCAUCUGGCACUGGCCCUUCGCCAGCCAGCCCCCAGAGCUGCCCAGCAAUACCUGCAGCAGCUACGGUGUGGCCCACUGCCGCCUGACCACCAACCGCAGCCUGUUGGCCAGCGCCCACGCCGUGGUCUUCCACCACCGAGAGCUGCAGACCCGGCAGGCCCGCCUGCCCCUGGCCGAGCGGCCGCAAGGGCAGCCCUGGGUGUGGGCCUCCAUGGAGUCGCCCAGCCACACCCGCGGCCUCGGCCGCCUCCGUGGGGUCUUCAACUGGGUGCUGAGCUACCGGCGUGACUCAGACAUCUUCGUGCCCUACGGCCGCCUGGAGCCCCGUGAGGGGCCUGCGCCGCCGCUGCCGGCCAAGAGCAGGGUGGCCGCCUGGGUGGUCAGCAACUUCCAGGAGCGGCAGCGGCGCGUGCAGCUGUACCGGCAGCUGGCGCCCCACCUGCAGGUGGACGUGUUCGGCCAUGCCAGCAAGCAGCCCCUGUGCGCCGACUGCCUGCUGCCCACCGUGGCCCGGUACCUCUUCUACCUGUCCUUCGAGAACUCCCAGCACCGAGACUACAUCACCGAGAAGUUCUGGCGCAACGCGCUGCUGGCCGGCACGGUGCCCGUGGUCCUGGGCCCCUCGAGGGUCACCUACGAGGCCUUCGCCCCACCUGACGCCUUUGUGCACGUGGACGACUUCGGCUCGGCCCACGAGCUGGCCGCCUUCCUCGCUGGCAUGAACGAGAGCCGCUAUCGGCGCUACUUCGCCUGGCGAGACCGGCUCCGAGUGCGGCUGUUCAGCGACUGGCGGGAACGCUUCUGCGCCAUCUGCGCCCGCUACCCCCACCUGCCCCGUGGCCAGGCCUACCAGGACCUCGAGGGCUGGUUCCAGGCCUGAACUCUGCCGGCUGGAGGAGGCAGGGGAAGGUGGCUGGGAGCUGGAGGUGUGGGCGGAGGCCUGGGUGUUGAAAUCCACCCCCCCGGCAUCCGACCAACCCCCAUGGGCAACCCACAGGCUGACUUGGGGUCUGGGGAUGGAGGCCAGGAAGCAGGAGUAGCCUUGGCAGGCUGCCCGGAGGUGGAGGCGGGUGGGCACCGGAGCCACUAUUUGGGGGCAGAGGUGUGAGCAGGGAGGGAGCAAUGGGGGUGCACGUCGC